AUGCCCUUCGAUACUGAGCUGACCCGGCGGUUGGGUAUCAAAGUGCCCAUUGUCCAGGGCGGCAUGCAGCACGUUGGCACAGCCGACCUCGCUUCGGCCGUCUCCAACGCCGGCGCGCUGGGCAUCAUCACCGCCCUCAUCUUCCCUACCCCAGAAGAGCUGCGCAAGGAGAUCCAGCGCUGCAAGACGCUCACGACCCGCCCCUUUGCCGUCAACAUCACCCUCCUCCCGGCUCUCGUCCCGCCAGAUUACGCCGCCUAUGCUCAGGUCGUCAUUGACGAGAAAGUCAAGAUCGUCGAGACGGCGGGAAACUCGCCGGGCCCCGUCAUCAAGCAGCUCAAGGCCGCGGGCGUCACUAUCUUACACAAGUGCACCACGAUCCGCCACGCGCAGAGCGCCGUCAAGCUCGGCGUCGACUUCCUCAGCAUUGACGGCUUUGAAUGCGCCGGUCACGUUGGCGAGUCGGACAUCACAAACUUCAUCCUCCUCUCGCGGGCGCGGCAAUCGCUCAAGGUGCCCUUCAUCGCGAGUGGCGGGUUCGCAGACGGGGAGGGCCUCGCAGCGGCGCUGUGCUUGGGCGCGUGCGGCGUUAACAUGGGCACGCGGUUCAUGUGCACGCUGGAGGCGCCGAUCCACCACAAGAUCAAGGAGGAGAUUGUCAAGGCGCAGGAGACGGACACGGCGCUGUUGCUGAGGCGGUGGAGGAACACGACGCGGCUGUACAAGAACAAGGUCACCGAGGAGGCGAUCAAGAUUGAGGAGCAGAGCACGUCUGGGCAGUUUUCCGAGAUUGCGCCGCUCGUAAGCGGAAAGAGGGGCAAGGAGGUUUUUGUCACGGGCGAUCCGGACUAUGGCGUUUGGACGGCCGGACAGGUCAUUGGUUUGAUUCACGACAUCCCGUCGGUCAAGGAUUUGGUUCCAAGAAUAGAGAAGGAGGCCGAGGCAGCGCUGAAGGAGAGGCUGGCAUUGAUUAAGCCGGCGGCCAAGUUGUAG